CACUUCCCAUACUACGACGACCCACGUGCCCAACGUCCACUGCGUAUGAAGCAUUGCGCGAUUCGUAAAACGACCUGACCAUCGUCAAUAACGUCUCCUGACGCCAGCUUACGCAUACCACCACCGACGCCGGACCCUUCCCGCAUCCCUGUGCGGCGCCCGAAGCCCAGACCCGACAACCGUCCUCGAUCGCAACAUUCACCCAGACUUCACCGCGGAUGGCCUCCUCAGCUUCUGGAUUGACGCGCCGCAGGGGCGGCGGUGUUGCGGCGAACGGCGACAACGAAGAUGGCAGCCGUGUGAGCUCGCCCGUGCCACGGCGCGACGACACCCGCGGUCUAGAGACAUCGUACGAAAGUUCCGAGAAUGGCCACAAGAUUGCCUUCGACCCCCGGGACAUCAGCGAGAGCGCGGAGCGGAUGAAGCAGCCCAAGCUGACGCUCAUGGAGGAGGUGCUGCUCAUGGGCCUGAAGGACAAGCAGGGCUACCUAUCUUUCUGGAACGACAACAUCUCCUACGCUCUCCGCGGCUGCAUAGUUAUAGAGUUGGCCUUCAGGGGCCGUGUUAGCAUGCAGAAGGAUUCCUCGCGGCGGCGCUUCCCCCUCGCAGAUCGGGUCAUCGAAGUCAUAGACGACACGCUUACCGGAGAGGUUCUCCUGGAUGAGGCGCUCAAGAUGAUGAAGUCCAGCGAGAAAAUGAGCGUGUCCUCGUGGAUUGAUCUGAUGAGCGGCGAGACAUGGAACCUCAUGAAGAUUGGCUACCAACUGAAGCAAGUUCGCGAACGUCUUGCCAAGGGUCUCGUCGACAAGGGCAUCCUGCGAACCGAGAAGCGUAACUUCCUCCUCUUCGACAUGGCGACCCACCCCGUCGCCGACGGUGGUGCGAAGGACGAGAUAAGAAAACGGGUCCGUACUCUCCUCACGAGCCGCACGGUCGUUCUCCCGCCUAGCCAAUUCCUGCCGGAUGAGAUGGAAUUCAGAUACCUGCGAACCAUUGCCAUGGUCUGCGCGGCUUAUGCGGCGAAUGUGCUCGAGAAUGCACUUACAACCCUGGGCCACGAAGCGCGGGAAAGGGCCUUUGCGCAAGUGGACGAGUUGUUGGCUGAGUACUCUCAAUGGCCCUUUGCGAAGCGUGCUGGGGGCUCUGGCGGCGUGGGAGCCAAUUUGGGCCAGGUUGUGCAGGAUGAAAUCAACAGUGGAAAGGACAAGGAACUGCAGCUUGAGGUUGUCGCUGCUUGCCUGAGCGUCUUCACGAGGCUCGACUCGUUGCUGUAAGCCAGCCCAGUUGCGGUUGGUGCCUUAAUUUUUCUGCAGCCCACCCCCCGGGCCGUUCCCCCCGUCGAUACCACGCAGUAUGCUGGCGCCACCGGCGUUCACCCAAGAGCGUGGAGUUGAUUGUGCUUCUGGGCGAAUAAUUAUUUAUAUAGUUUGGGUGCUGGUACGUCCAUUUAUCGGAACCUGACGGCCGCAAGGAGAGGGAGAGAGGUAGCUAUGCAACACGACGACGGCCGCCACCACCACCACCACUGGAAUUGUGUCUUUUCUCUCUGCAGGGCGUCUGGAAGAUCCAUGAAAACAGCGGGCCGUGUGUUACGUAGCAUCGCGCUUGAGAUAUCAUAAUGCAAAGUACUUUCGAGG